GCGCCUCGGCCAUGCGGGACUGCGGCAGCAUGAAGCCAGCCUCCGCGCUCCUGUGCCGCCUGCUCCUGCUGCUCUUUGAAAUGGGGAGCAGGACCGCACCUGUGUAUGCUGGGGACCCAGCAGCUGGAGCUCCUGGAAGCCAAAACUACCCCCGCGUGGAGCUGUCGGGCUUUGUGGAAAACAGUGAAUAUGAAAUUGUGAAAGCAUAUGAAGUAAAUCAGAAUGGGGAUUACAUAACACAUGAAAUCACACAUCACGAAAGAAGGAAGAGGUCAACUACAAAUACAGAAAUUGACUCUCUUCAUCUACGACUCCAUGGAUUUGGUCAUGACUUCCACAUGGAUCUUAAGACUUCUAAAAACCUAAUGGCACCUGGAUUUAUAAUACAGACACUGGGGAAAAGUGGAACUAAAUCAAUACAAUCUUACCCACCACAGGACUUUUGUUUUUAUCAAGGUUUCUUACGAUCACACAAGAACUCAUCAGUAGCACUUUCAACAUGCAAAGGCUUGUCAGGUUUGAUAAGAACCCAAGAAGCAGAUUACUUCUUGAAACCACUACCUCGACACAUAGCACAAAAGCAUAACUAUUCUGCACCAGAUGGACACCGCUCUCACAUGUUGUACAAGAGAUCUAUAGAAACCCAAGUACCCAACAAUAAUGAGGUAACUGUGAUUGAAAGACAAAGGGAACUGGAAAAUCACAACACAUAUUUUCAAGAAAAUCAGCGCCAUCACACUCAUGGGCGACUGGAAAAGCAGCACUUUUGUGGGAGGCGCAAGAAAUAUAUGCCUAAACCUCCAGAAGAAGAUAUUUACAUUUUACCAGAUGAAUAUAAGUAUCCGGUACGAAACAAGCGGUCCCUUCCAAAGGCCCACAGGAAUAAAGAAUUGAAUGUGGAGACUCUAGUGGUAGUUGACAAAAAGAUGAUGCAAAACCAUGGCCAUGAAAACAUUACUACCUACGUCUUGACUAUACUCAAUAUGGUGUCUGCAUUGUUUAAAGAUGGAACAAUAGGAGGUAAUAUAAAUAUUGCAGUUGUUGGUCUGAUACUUCUGGAAGACGAGCAGCCAGGGCUUGUGAUUAGUCACCAUGCCGACCAUACACUGAGUAGUUUCUGUCAGUGGCAGUCUGGGCUGGUGGGGAAAGAUGGAAGUCGCCAUGACCAUGCUGUUUUACUGACUGGCCUUGAUAUAUGUUCUUGGAAGAAUGAGCCAUGUGACACAUUAGGAUUUGCACCAAUUAGUGGAAUGUGUAGUAAAUAUCGCAGCUGCACUGUUAAUGAAGACACUGGGCUUGGACUAGCUUUUACUAUUGCUCAUGAGUCUGGCCAUAACUUUGGCAUGAUCCAUGAUGGAGAAGGAAACAUGUGCAAAAAGUCUGAAGGUAAUAUCAUGUCACCCACCUUAGCAGGACACAAUGGGGUAUUCUCGUGGUCAGCUUGCAGUCGUCAGUAUCUGUACAAAUUUUUAAGCACUGCUCAAGCCACAUGCCUUGCUGAUCAGCCUACAUCAGUGAAUGAAUACAAAUAUCCUGAAAAGCUGCCAGGAGAGUUGUAUGAUGCCAACACACAGUGCAAAUGGCAGUUUGGGGAGAAGGCCAAGCUGUGUAUGCUGGAUUUUAAAAAGGACAUUUGUAAGGCUUUGUGGUGCCACCGUGUUGGCAGAAAAUGUGAAACCAAAUUUAUGCCAGCUGCUGAAGGCACUAUGUGUGGGCAUGACAUGUGGUGUCGUGGUGGACAGUGUGUCAAAUAUGGUGAUGAAGGACCCAAGCCAACCCAUGGGCAUUGGUCAGACUGGUCCAGUUGGUCACCUUGCUCUAGAACCUGUGGAGGAGGCAUAUCUCGUAGAGAGCGACAGUGCACUAAUCCAAGGCCAUCCCAUGGAGGAAAGUUCUGUGAGGGCUCUACUCGUGUGAUGAAGAUUUGCAACAGUCAAAACUGUCCUAAAAACAGCGUUGACUUCAGAGCCAUCCAGUGUGCUGAAUUUAAUAGCAAGCAAUUUAGGGGAUGGUACUACAAAUGGAAACCUUACACUCAAGUGGGAGAUCAAGAUUUGUGUAAACUCUACUGUAUUGCUGAAGGGUACGAUUUCUUCUUUUCUCUGUCAAACAAAGUAAAAGAUGGGACACCAUGUUCAGAGGAUAGCCCUAAUGUGUGUAUAGAUGGGACUUGUGAGGCAGUUGGGUGUGAUAAUGUCCUGGGUUCUAAUGCUGUAAAAGAUGCUUGUGGGGUAUGCAAAGGAAACAACUCAAGUUGCAAAAUUUAUAGGGGCCAGUACAUCAAACAGCACUAUACAAACCAAUAUUACAUAGUAGUCACUAUUCCUACAGGAGCUCAGAGUAUUCGUGUUCAUGAAAUGAAUGUCUCUACUUCCUAUAUUUCUGUUCGCAAUCCAUAUAAAAAAUAUUAUCUUAAUGGCUACUGGACUGUGGACUGGCCUGGCCGAUACAAGUUUUCGGGCACAGUGUUUGACUAUCAGAGACCAUAUAAUCAACCAGAGACCUUAACUGCUGCAGGACCUACGAAUGAAACAGUAAUAAUAGAGCUUCUCUUUCAAGGAAGAAACCCAGGAAUUAUCUGGGAAUAUGCCAUUCCUAAAUUGGAGACUGAAAAAAAGGUUGCCCCAAAAUCUAAUUAUACAUGGGCCAUCAUCCGUUCUGAGUGCUCAGUGUCAUGUGGUGAAGGUCAGAUGACAACAAAGGAAGGAUGUUACAGAGAUAUGCGUGUGCAAGUGGAUAAAUCUCUUUGCAGCCCUAAAAGCCAGCCAGUGACUGGAGUCAUCCCUUGUAAAAUGGCAGCUUGCCCUCCCAGUUGGUCUGUUGGCAACUGGAGCGAGUGCAGUCUGACUUGUGGAACAGGAGAGCAACUCAGACAAAUACGGUGUGUUCAAAGAAUCCGCUACAAGCCAGAGCCCGUGUCAUAUUCUUUCUGUCCAGUACCUGCUCCGAUCAGCAGGCAGAUUUGCAAUACUCAGAGUUGUUCACCUGCUUGGAGUGUGGGGCCCUGGUCAGAGUGUUCACGAACAUGUGGAAAAGGAUGGAGGAAAAGAACAGUUGUCUGUAAGAGCACAAAUCCCUCUCCCCGGGCUCAGAUUUUGACUGAUGCUGCUUGUACAACAGAACUGAAACCAAAAACUCAGGAAGCUUGUCUCCUCAAGCGCUGCCACAAACAGAAGAAGCUGCAGUGGUUUGUGUCCACGUGGUCAGAGUGUUCAGUGACAUGUGGAAAAGGAAUUCAGAGACGGUUAUUAAAAUGUACAGAAAAGUAUGUUUCUGGAAAAUACCGAGACCUUGCUCCAAAAAAGUGCUCCCACCUGCAGAAACCAAACUUGGAUCUGGAAAAAGACUGCAUUUUAGCUGUGUGUCCUAAGCACCCCAUUUACUCAGCAGUGAGUUAUACUCGAGGCAGCUGGUACUCCUCUCCUUGGUCUCAGUGCACAGCAACCUGUGGUGGUGGUGUGCAAGUGCGGUCUGUGCAAUGCCUGGCAUCUGGCAGACCAGCCACGGGCUGUCCCCUGCACCAGAAGCCUAUCACCUCCCAAGCCUGCAACACAAACUUCUGUCCCAUUCCUGAAAAGAAAGAUACCUUCUGCAAGGACUACUUCAAUUGGUGCUAUUUGGUUCCACAGCACGGAGUUUGCAACCACAAGUUUUAUGGCAAACAAUGCUGCAAAUCUUGUUCUAAAUCAAAUUUAUAAAUGAAGACUGGUUACUAUAAACAAAGUAUAUUUUUAAUACAAAAUGAGCUGCACAUUCUAAGUUGGGCUGUGCCUAAUGAAGAUGGGAAUUUGAAGAAUAAUGAUACUCGUCUCUCUCUCUCUUUUUUUUAAACUGUGGGCCUAAAAACUGACAUGGACGUGCACUACUGGGGAGGCAUUUAAAUAUUUUGCAGUAUUCUGAUAGGAGCUUCAACACUGUCUAUAUGCAGGGUCCCAUUUCUGGGAAAAGGUAAAGAAGAAGUGGAAAAAGCACAGUUAAUUUUUUUUAUAGAGAAUAUUUUAAAAUCAUCUAAAGAGCUGAUCUUUGCACGAUAUGGGUGCUGUUAUGAAAAGAUAACCGGGGAGAAGAUUUCUGGAGGAGGAAAAGUUAAAACAAGUAAAAGUGCAUUAGAACACUCAGGGCGCAGACAGAAGAGCAGCUCCCCUUUGCAACUCAUAGCACUUUCCAGGAAGUGCUCUCAGUUAAAACGAUCCCCUGGACCAAAUAGAAGUUGGCUGUUGGGUCUGGGAGUUGGGGAUUCCAGUUGCUUGCUGUGAGCCUGCAGCCCAGUCUCUGUAGCAAUGCCGCUACUGCCUCCCAACCUGGAUGUUGCUUUCAGAAUGGGAGGGAGGAAAGGGAACAGAAGGAACUUGUUCUUGGGGUUCCCCAGCCAGUGUUGGAGGGUGGGAUGGGUGGAUUGGAGCCUUCCCACCUCAGGUGGGCUUCAAUCCACCCGCCCCACCCUUCAGCAUGGGCUGUAAAAACCCCAGACCAAACUGAAAACUUUUACCCCCUCCCAUUCUGAAAAUAGCAACACGCUGGAAGGCGCAUGUUACAGAACACACUUUGUUUUGGAGUUACAGAAUACAUUAUAUUCCGAUUUUUUGAAGGAUCAGGCCCUUUUAAAGAAGUCUACAGCCAUGCACUUGUGUUUGGUCAUGACUGUAGACUGCUUUCUGGGGCCAGAUCAGGCAAAAAUUGUCACUUCUGUCUGCACUCUCGUUUUACCUCAGCUUCCCCUGAGCAGUCAUCUGUUAGGUAAUACUUUGAGCUACAUUAAGGCUAUAUACUGACAGUCAAAAAGCCAGAGGCUGAAUCGAUUCACUCUUCACAGGUUAGCUUAAGCUGCAUAGAUUGGACUGAUAAGCAAGUGAACAAACAUUCACUUCUGAUUCUGAAAAUGCAGCCACAUGCCUGCAGUGGCUCAGGCCAGAAGCCAGGGGGUGCUAGAGCAUGCCUCUCUGCUCUGGUGGAGCAGACAGAUUGGGCCAAAGCUAACCUGCCUACCCUGUGACAGGGAGUUUGUAGAGGAGGUGCAAAGCAUCCUGGGAUCCUGGGGGACUGUUAGGUAGCUUGAAUCUGGAGGGGAUCUGGGUCACAAGUUCAAUAAAUCAAAC